AUGGUCGUGCACAUCCGCGGUUGCAAUUUCAGCACCACGGACAGUUCCCUCUCCAGCUCCAGCCUCGGCACCGACGCCUCCACCCUGCGGGACUCCGCGGCGCCCCAGAGCCCCGGCGGGCUGAGCCGGACCGGCCACACGGUGGUGGCAGUAUGCCUCGGUUUCAUCCUAGUGGCGGGCAUCCUCAGCAACUUCCUCGUUCUUCUCGUCUUCGCGAAGUUUCGCUGCCUCUGGACGCCCAUCAACCUCAUUCUGCUGAACAUCAGCCUGAGCGACAUCCUCGUGUGCGUCUUCGGGACGCCCUUCAGCUUCGCUGCGAGCCUGCACGGGAGAUGGCUGAUAGGGGAGCACGGCUGCAAGUGGUACGCGUUCGCCAAUUCCCUCUUCGGGAUUGUGUCCCUGGUGUCUCUGUCUGUUCUGUCCUACGAGCGUUACACCACCGUGCUGAGCUCCUCGGAGGUUGACAUCUCAGACUUCAGGAAGGCCUGGUUCUGCAUCGGAGGCUCCUGGCUCUACUCGCUCCUCUGGACCUUUCCGCCCUUCCUGGGUUGGAGCAGCUACGGGCCCGAGGGACCCGGCACCACGUGCUCCGUCCAGUGGCACCUCCGUUCACCCACCAGCGUCUCAUACAUUCUGUGUCUGUUCAUCUUCUGUCUGCUGCUGCCCCUUCUACUCAUGGUCUACUCUUAUGGCCGAAUCCUGGUUGCAAUCAGGAGGGUGGGUAAGAUCAACCUGCUGGCAGCUCAGCGCAGAGAGCAGCACAUUCUAGUGAUGGUGUCGUCCAUGGUGUCCUGCUACAUGCUGUGCUGGAUGCCCUACGGCAUCAUGGCGCUGAUGGCCACCUUCGGUAGGUCGGGACUAGUCACUCCCAUGGCUAGCGUGGUGCCUUCCGUCCUGGCCAAGUUCAGCACCGUCGUCAACCCCGUCAUCUACGUGUUCUUCAACAACCAGUUUUCCAGAUGCUUUUUGGCCUUCGUGAAGUGCAGCGGCGACCCCCAGGCUGUUCAAGGAGAGGAGCACACAGCUCGGAGGACAUCGUUCCCUGGUUUCUUUCACGUCCACAGACAGGCCUCCCUCAGCUCUUCACAACCUCAGAUCCUCGGCAGCUGCAGGAGCGCUGCCCUCUGCAGCCGCCACCAUGACCGCCGCACUCUCGUCGUCCACUACACGCCGUAA